AUGAUUGCCACUGGAGGCCUCCUGAGGAUCUCGGCUAGGAAACAGGACCCCUUGCGACCCCAAAGCCAGGUCCCCAAACGCAAACGCAAGGCCAAAAAGAAGCGCAAGAACGAUGUGGUGGUGGUGAAAGGCAAGCUCAAGCUGUUCUCCCUCUCGGGGCUCAUUGCCCUCUGUGGCAUCCUGGUACUGCUGGUGGGCAUCGCCUUGGCUGUGGUGGGCUACUGGCCGAAGCCUAGCCAGGUGUACAGAGAAGGCAGCUUCAGUGGGGGCCGGCACCCGACACCCCAGGGUGGCACCCCCAAGAACCGCUCCCGGAAUCAGGAAGGGGCACAAGCAGGGAUCCAUCCAGGGUCACCCCCCAGAGCCAACACCUCCACCACUGCUACCGCCCGGGGAUCCCCACAGUCCCUCCCCACUUCCUCGUCCCCCCAGGCUUCCGUGGGUUUCCUUUUCCGUCUUUUCUCGAGCUACUUGCAUUCAGACAAGCUGAAGGUGCUGGGGCCCCUCAUCAUGGGUAUCGGCAUCUUCCUCUUCAUCUGCGCCAAUGCGGUAUUGCACGAGAACCGUGACAAGAAGACCAAGAUCAUCAACCUGCGUGACCUCUACUCCACUGUCAUCGAUGCCCACAGCCUGCGGGCCAAGGACGGAGGCACCCCGGCAUCAGCCCCUCUCAAUGGCUUUGUCAACUACAUGCAGUCCCGGGGCCUGGAGCUAAAGCCAGGCGGUGAAGGCCUGGGUGCUGCGGCCAUGCUGGCCAAAAGCUCCUGGCCACCAGGCUUGGGUGUCUCCCUUUCCCCGCCAGACCUGGCGUCCUCGCCGCGGCGUUCCUCCUUCUGCACCCCACCGCAGCCACCCAGCCUGGCCGAGGCCGUGUACAGCAUCUACCGGGAGCGUGCUGCCCUUGCUGGCCGCACUGUCACCAGCCCACCCUGCAGCCCGCCGGAGAGCUGGGGCCGGCGUAGCACAGCCAGCUCCAUCGUUGGCUCUUCACUGAGCGCUUUCACCCUCCUGCCUUUGGCACCGAGCGGCGGAGGGGGAGGCUGGCAGAGGCCCCCUGGCGAGCGGGGAGCCCGGGAGAUCCCACGGGGGGAGUUUGAACUGAGCCUGACUGACCUCAGCAGCAGCCACAUCGAGGGAGGCUGUGGGACAAGGAGGCACAAGCUGGUUCUCAGGCGGCAGAGCACCAGUUGCUUGCCUGAUGCCAGGCGUCCCCUUUUCCCUGAGCCACUUCGGUCCCCGCCUGUCAGCAGGGGUCCGGAUUCCACCCUCUUGGUAAAGGCAUCUUCUAGCUACUCCAAAUCUCUGGAUCUGGGGGGGGCGCCCCCCUCAACCCCUCCUGCCAUCACCAGGACGGACUCCCAGAACUCCCAGUCUGAACCUUCCAGCAGCAAUAAGGGCUACAGCCACCUGGAGGAGGCAGGCACCUCCUUGGAGUCAGUUGCCAACACCCCAGCCAGUAAAAUCCAGGACUGUGAGGAGGAAGCAGUUGAGAAGACAGACCACCUCAAGGCUACCAGCAGAGAACAAACUGGGGAGCAAUCCCAGCAAACGCAAAGACAGUACACAAAUAAAGAGAAACUCUUUAUGAUUUCUAGGUCGCAUGCUGCAUUAGGGCUGGAGGAUGGGGAACUGGAGAGUACUGGCAUCUAA